CCAGGCCCUGUGCGUAACGUGUGUAGGCUAUGCAGACCCAGAACCAGCAGCGUCCCGGUGAUCUCAUCGGUUAACGGACUACUCAUCGGUUAACGGACUAAAGAAAGGAUGAGAAAGGAUGAGGGCUUGAGAAAACACCGUGUCGUUACCGAAUACCGUGACGGAAGUGUAAUGCAACAGUGAAGAUAUCUUGUCGCUCUCGCCAUGCGGAUGGCGCGUUAGGUGAAACUGUAAGCUAAUGUAUGUCCGGUCAGCUGUUUUUAUUCACCGAGAGACAGCAGCAUCACCGGGACGUGUGCACGAGACCACAGACUAGCCUAUACCGGCGAUCCGGACCACCACAAACGGGCAGGACUAACGGAGAGGAGGACGCAGAGAGAUAGAAUAAAAGAGUGUGAGAGAGAGAUGGAGUUUAAGCAGCUGGUGGAGGUGGCGGAGAAGUGGUGUUCGUCGGUUCCGUUCGAUCUGAUCUUCGCGGAGGAGGAUGAUGAGAGAAGACUGGACUUCUACGCAGAACCGGGAAUCUCUUUCUAUGUCCUUUGUCCGGAUAACAUGACGGGAGGGAUUGAGCAUUUCCAUGUAUGGAGUGAGAGUGAGGACUGCCUGCCAUUCCUCCAGGUAGCUCAGGACUACAUCACUUCCUGUGGAAAGAAAACACUUCUAGAGGUCCUGGACAAAGUGUUCACUUCCUUUAGACCUUUGCUGGGUCUACCAGACAUAGAUGAUGAUGAGACCUUUGAGCAGUACCAUGCAGGCAUGGAGGAGGAACCAGAGGCAGACCACCAGCAAAUGGGAGUCAGCCAGCAGUGAUGUCCACAGAUGAGGUGUCCAGUAGGGCUACAAUAACUACCCAUUCCCUGGUCUCAUCACCUACAACAACACACAGUCCCAACGCCCCUGUAGCGACUAUAAACAGUCAUAAUGUAUACUCACACACACACACAGGACAGCCUGCUUCUCAAAAGCUUUGCUCUCCAGAUUGUGCACUCCCUGCCUCCCUCCCACACACACACACACACUAGAGGUCGACCGAUUAAUUGGAAUGGCCAAUUAAUUAGGGCCGAUUUCAAGUUUUCAUAACAAUCGGAAAUCAGUAUUUUUGGGCACCGAGAGAACUGUCAGUGUCAACCAUGUAACACCGUACUGUAACCAUCCAACUGUAACACCGUACCGUAACCAUCCAACUGUAACACCGUACCGUAACCAUCCACUGUACCACACAAUGUUAACCAGCACAUUGCUGUGUCCUUGUAACAAUGUCAGCGGUGAAAGCAGAGGGAGGAAUAGAACAGAAUUGUAAUCCUACGGUAGAAACUGUUCCAUGUGUACUGCUGUGAGGUCUGCCAAAUGCUGCUCUAUGUGUGUGUGUGUGUGUGUGUGUGUGUGUGUGUGUGUGUGUGUGUGUGUGUGUGUGUGUGUGUGUGUGUGUGUGUGUGUGUGUGUGUGUGUGUGUGUGUGUGUGUGUGUGUGUGUGUGUGUGUGUGUGUGUGUGUGUGUGUGUGCACCACCAUCAGUGCACUGCUUUGCUUUUACUUUCCCCACGGCCCUGAAGGAGUAGGAUGAAGUUGUGAUCACAGGGGCAAGGUAAACAGAUCCUGGAUCUGUCUCUACAGGCAACGUCUGUCUACCUGCAGUCACCUUCUUCCACCACACCGAACCACACAUGUAUCUACAGAGCCUUCAGAAUGUACUCACACAGCCUUGACUUAUUCCACAUUUUGUUGUGUUACAGACUGAAUUGUAAUGAAUAAUGUCACCAUGUUCAAAGGGAUAUUCAUUGUCUGUUUAUUCACCCCAUUUACCAAUAGCUGCCCUUCUUUGUGAAACAUUGGAAAACAUCUCCAUGGUGUUUGUGGUCUAAUCUGUGUUUGAAAUUCACUGCUCGACUGAGGGACCUUAUAGAUGUAUGUGUGAGGUACAGAGAUGAGGUAGUCAUUCAAAAAUCACGUUAAACACUAUUAUUGCACACAGAAUUAGUUCCUUUUUAAAAAAUUAAUUAGCAAAAAUGUCUAAAAACAUUAUUCCACUUUAACAUUAUGGGGCGUUUGGUGAAGGACAGUGACACAACAUCUCAAUGUGAUCUAAACCUCUGGACCUUGAAGCCAGUCCCACUGCAUUGUUCAGUAUUCCCCUCUAAUCAGGGACUGGUUUAGACCUGGGACACCAGGUGGGUGAUUCCCCUCUAAUCAGGGACAGAAUUAGACCUGGGACACCAGGUGGGUGAUUCCCCUCUAAUCAGGGACUGGUUU